AAUAUAUAUUUCUGGCCCUUUUAACCCCCAAACCCAUCAUCCUUUUAACCCAGCUCUGUUCUACCAUAUACAAUAAUAAACUUAGCUUCAGUUUUAACAUCUUUCUUCUUUGACAAUCAAAUCAAUCCAGAAAGAGGAAACUGGUUGAUUGUUAAAUAUUCAAUUAAUCAAAUAUAAGUAAAGGUAUACAUAAAGAACUAAGCAGAGGAGGAACAUAAAAAACUUUAAGGAGAUGUGCUUUGUAUUUGUUUGCGAUGAAGAUGAAAGGUUUCUACAAAGACAGGCAGCAGCAGGGGCUUGUCCUUACUGUGGAGGGAUGAUUCAAGCUGUGGAUUUGGAGAGCCAGUGGAGACUCUGCUUUGUUCCGCUUUCUUUCAAGAAAAAACGUAAAUAUUAUUGGACCAUCUGCACUAGGCGUCUAGUUAUCCAGUAAUUAUAUUUCUUGCUAUCUUUGUUUUAUUCUCGCAUCUAUGUAUGUAAGAUCAAUACCUUCAGCGCGGCUGAUUGUUCUAAAAUUGAUUGAGUUCUUACUAAUUUUUUAGAUAUAUUCUAAACGAUUAAAUUAUAUGUGAUUGAAAUUUGAUAAAA